AUGCCCACCCCCAACUUUGACCAAACCAACCCUUAUUUCCCAUAUCCUACAUUCAACACGACCUUCUCUCAACCCGCCUCAACCUUCACGCCUGAUGACGUCUACAUUCCAGCCAUUCAACAAACCCAAGCCGAAACCUACCCACAACCACCACAACCAUCACAUUCAUUCCAACAUUUUUUGCUGACAGAGGAGCAACUGAUGCAAAUGCCGGAUUUUAACAUCGAUGAUAUUCUCGAUGAUCAACCAGGACCCUCUUCAAGGCAGACAAACCCCCCGACAACACAUCACAAUGAAGAUUUGUCUUCCGACUCAUCUCAAUCAACUGCAAACGAGCGUUUGGGCAGAGGAUACCGACAGCGAAGGCCCCCUAGGUGUGGAACUGGGGGUCAUCUUCGAUGA